AGCCUUUGAAUGCCAUGGCGUGGCACACGGAACCUGUGAGACUUCACUUGAGAUGUACUCUACAGAGCGACCGUGGAAGCGGCCACGUCCUGCCAUCAAGACGCCUGACCUCCCAAUUCUUUCUUACCGAGAGGACAUUGUGAAAGCAGUGCGGCAACACCGAGUAGUUGUCCUCGUUGGUGAAACUGGCAGUGGGAAGACAACUCAGGUGCCUCGAUUUCUUUAUGAAGAGAAUGUCUCGAAUCGACCAGGAAGCAUCUCAAUUACACAGCCUCGCCGCAUUGCAGCAAUCUCUGUUGCUAAUAGAGUGGCUUCAGAACUUGGCUGUGAAGUAGGAGGCUUGGUAGGUUUUCACGUGCGAUUUUCCAACUGCACAUCGUCAGAGACCAGAAUCAAGUACAUGACUGAUGGCAUGCUUGUCAGAGAGUCGGCAGCUGGAGGUCUCCGUUCUGGCAUUCGUGGUUCCUCCAUUGUCAUUUUGGACGAAGCGCACGAGCGCAGCAUCCACACAGAUGUGCUGCUUGGACUCGUAAAGAAGGCCUUGGAUCAAGACGACCCGCCGGGGCUUCGAGUUGUUGUGAUGUCAGCGACUAUCCAUGCUGCACCCUUCGUGAAUUUCUUUGGCAGCAAGGAGGUCAAACUCAUCCAAGUUCCUGGACGACAGCAUGCUGUGCAAGUGUUCUAUACGCCAUCGCCGGAGCCAGACGUCCUAGAGGCUGCACUGGUUGCCGUUUUGCAGCUGCAUGUUUCUCGACCUCCCGGAGAUGUUCUUGUUUUCUUGCCUGGCCAAGAUGACAUUGACAACUUGCACAGGCUCUUGGAAGAGAAACAGGAGAUGUUGGCCAAAGAGAGGCAAGAAAACCCUGAUAAGAAGGUUGCUCAACAAGGUGACUUCUACAAUGGCGUGAACUUGUGGCCAACCUUUCAGCAGGUGCAGAACCUCUUGAUAAGACCAAUCUACUCUUCUUUGCCGUUUGAUCAGCAGGAGCUGGUGUUUCAGCAAACCCCUCCAGGGUGCCGCAAGAUUGUUCUCGCUACCAACAUUGCGGAGACUUCCAUCACUAUUUCAGGAAUCCGAUAUGUCAUAGACACGGGGUUGAUGAAACUGAAGAUGAGUCACCCUCAGACCGGAGUCCAGAUGCUCAGGACUGUACCCACUUCGCAAGCUUCUGCUCUGCAAAGAGCUGGUCGAGCAGGCCGCGAAGCUCCUGGAGAGGUUUUUCGUUUGUACGUGGAGUCAGAGUUUGACAAACUGCUGGCACAAACGCCAGCAGAGAUUCUCCGUGUUGAUAUGGCAUCUGUCUACAUGGACUUGAAGGCCCUAGGAAUCUCAAAGAUAGUCGACUUUCCUCUUGUGGACAGACCGCCGCGAGAGGCGCUGGAGAAAGCUGCCCACUUUCUCUGUCGCAUCGGGGCAUUGGACACCAAGGAUGAAUUGACGGACCUGGGCAGAAAGUUGUCAAUGAUGCCGCUUGAUCCUUUGUACGCGUAUUGUUUGAACAUGUCCUUCGAAUUUGACUGCACUGCGGAGAUCCUAAGCAUUAUUGCCAUGCUGUCAGCAGAUGCCCCGAUCUUUGCAACAUCGAAGCAGAGGGCUCAAACCAAGGCGUUUGAGCAUGAGGAUGGUGAUCAUCUCUCCCUUCUGUCUGCAUUCAACCAAUGGAAGAAACACCAACACCAAAAGGUGUUUGCUUCACAAAAUGGUCUCAAUCAUGCAGCACUCGAAAAAGCAGUAACUAUUCGGAAGCAGCUGAAGGAUGUCCUGCACCAAGCUUGGGGAGCAACGCAGAUUUCGAGCUGCGGAGGGCCAAAGAAUUGGGCAACAGUGCGGAGGUGCCUUUUGAAGGGCCUCUUUACACAGUCGGCGCGCCGAGAUGAAGUGAAUCAGAAUUCUUACCGAACUUUUCUCUCAAGACAGGAGGCCAAGUUGCAUCCUACAAGUGUCCUUCACCGGCGUCAACUACCGCCGCCCUGCGUCAUCUACAACGAAUUGGUCAUCACAGCCAAGAGCUAUUUGCGAGUCGUCACCGAGGUUGACCCAGCCUGGCUUCCAGAACUCUGUCCUCGAUUCUUUUGCACAAGUUAAUCCCUUAUUUC